AUGGCCGAUGAGGCGGCCGACUGGCUGCAGGAUAAGGUGAUGGGAUGGAUACCCGCGCCUCCAACCAACAAAAUUGAUACACACCAUCACUAUGUGCCCUCUUUCUACCGCAAUGGUGAUGCCAGUGGCUGGCCUACUCCAUCCUGGACUCCUAUGUGGUCUAGGUUACUUAUGAGACGACUCGGCGUGAAAACUGCGAUACUCUCUGUGACGGCUCCGGGCGCUUUUAUCCUUGAAGGAUCGGCCUCGUUCGACUUAGCGCGACGAUUAAAUGAAUAUGGAGCCCAACUGCGCAAUGAGGAGCCCCAACGCUUCGGUUUUUUCGCCUCGCUCCCAAGUCUUCUCGACACUGAAGCUGCGCUAGCUGAGAUUACCUACGCGCUCGAUACGUUGCAUGCGGAUGGAGUCACGCUCUUCACCCGCUAUGGGUCGGAGCUUAAUCGCCGUAAAUGCGUUGUUUUCAUACAUCCCACGCACCCAGUCGAUACAACGCCCGGGAACCCUCUACUCCCGCAGCCUGCUAUCGACUAUCCACAUGAGACGACGCGCACUGCCAUGGAUAUGAUUUUACAAGGUACGCGUCGCAAAUUUCCGGACACCAAGGUUAUUUUGUCCCAUGCAGGCGGCGCCUUGCCAUAUCUGAUAACACGAGUGGCUACACUUAUGCGCAAAGCGCCAGACUUUGUAGCCGCACACCGCAUGGGAACAACGCAUGCGCAGGUGAUGGAGGAUUUCCGCAGCUUUCAUUUCGAUUUGGCAUUAUCUUCCACGCCUGGCGUGCUUGAUCUAGCGCUUAAGAUGAUUCCGCAUGACCAUAUCCUAUAUGGGAGUGACUUCCCAUACGCCCCAAUCACGGCUUAUCCUGCAUUUUUGGAAGAUUUGGAGCGGUAUGAGAUGAGUCAAAAGCUGCGGGAUCGCAUCAAUUACGUGAAUGCACUGCAAUUGAUUCCACGGUUACGAGAUAAAUCCAAAUGCUAA